AAACUCAUCGGCUUCUGGAAAUUUCCGUUUAUCCGAUUCCUACUCACGAGAUGAUGGCUCGUUACCUCAGGAGAUCGCUGAUCCUGUUCUUAGUUCUGGUCUCAUUAAGCUUAUCGCCCAGCCAAGGCUUUCUAGGGACUGAGAAAAAGAUCAAAUCUGCAGUCUUUUUCUCACCAAAACUGGUGAUGAAUCCUGGAUCAGUCGCAAAUCCUUACUUAUUCGACAUCGAUUUCCCAAGAGGGCAUAUCGGCCUCAAAGCUUUCGAUGCUGAAGUGGUUGACGAUGCGGGAAAUCCCGUCCCUCUACACGAGACAUAUCUUCACCAUUGGAUUAUCGAACCUUACUAUGUGCGUAAAGGUUCUAAGCUUCCACAGCGAGAAAUGUUUAGGAAUCACGGAUUUUCGAGGCAAGAUCCGGAAAACAAUCUUGAUUCGAAAUCGGAUAUUAUUCUUGUGAAAAAUGGAGGGUUGUGCAGAAGUGUAGUACUCAGACAUUACUUUGGUUUAGGAUCAGAAACCCGCAAAACCUCGACGUAUGUUCCUGAUCCCUAUGCGAUUGAAAUCGGUAAUCCUGAGGAAAUACCUGAUGGAUAUGAAUUCAAAUGGCUUCUUAACAUUCACGCGAUAGACACGAGAGGUGUGGAAGAUAAGAAAGGAUGCAUAGAAUGCCUGUGUCAUCUGUAUAAUGUUACCAUUGAUGAGUACGGCCGAGCUAUAAGACCCGGAUACAAAGGAGGUUUAUACUGCUGCUACGAUAAGACUCAAUGUCGGGUGAAAAGCGGAUUUGACAACGGGGAGAAAACAAGAACUCUGUAUUUGAAGUAUACAGUGAGAUGGGUUGAUUGGGACAGCUCGGUUUUGCCCGCUAAGGUUUAUAUUUUCGAUGUUACAGAUUCUUGGGAAAGAUCAGAGGGAUCAAUAGAAAAUAGCCAAGAACAUAUUUGCCAUGUGGAAUACGAGGUGAAGCCGUGCAAAAACAAUGGCGAUGGAUGCAUUGAUGUUAGGAAAAAGAGCUUAAUGAUGCCAUUUAAUGGGUAUAUUGUCUACGGCGUAGCUCACCAGCACGCGGGUGGUAUCGGUGGUGCUCUAUACCGAGAGAACGGUGAAGGAAUAUGUACUUCGAUACCGAAGUAUGGCAAUGGAGAUGAACCUGGAAACGAAGCUGGUUACAUUGUUGGAAUGUCGUCUUGUUAUCCUGCUGAUCCAGUGAAAGUGAGCUAUGGAGAGACACUGACUUUGGAGUUUAAUUACAGUAAUGCCGUUGGUCAUACCGGAGUUAUGGGACUCUUUUACAUCCUCGUUGCUCAGCAGCUGCCUGAACCAGAGAACUUUUUGCCUAAACUUUUUGAGGCACCUGCGAGAAGCUUGAUCUUUUUAGCCAUUUCUGCAGUGACAGUGGUGGUGGCGGUUGUGGUUCUAAUUGCCGUCGUGAUAUACCGGAGGCGGAACCUGGAAGAUGGUUACCAAUCACUUACGAUGGAGGCAGAUAAAUCCAAGCAAAAUCCGGGUAAGAAGCCCGUAGAGGCAACAAUGGAGCAUGUGUUGGUGGCAUUACGAGAGACCAAAGAGGAGAGGGAGACCAGAAUUCGAAAACUGUUUGAAUUUUUCGACAAUUCGAAGUUAGGGUUCUUAGAUGAUACCCAGAUCGAGAAAGGUUUGUCUUCGCUUAGUAUUCCUCAAAAUUAUAGGUACGCUAGUGAUUUUCUUAAAGUCUGCGACGCGAAUCGAGAUGGGCGCGUGGAUUACCAUGAGUUUCGUCGUUACAUGGACGCUAAGGAGCUUGAGUUGUACAAGAUUUUUCAGGCCAUUGAUGUUAAACACAAUGGCGACAUUUGUCCAGCGGAGCUUUGGGAGGCUCUUGAUAAAGCUGGCAUUAAAAUUAAAGAUGAGGAACUAGCAUCUUUUAUGGAGCAUGUUGAUAAGGACAACAACGGAAUUAUAACUUUUGAAGAGUGGAGGGAUUUUCUUUUGCUUAACCCUCAUGAAGCCACUAUUGAAAACAUUUAUCAUCACUGGGAAAGAGUAUGCUUAAUAGACAUUGGGGAACAAGCUGUUAUACCAGACGGUAUAAGUACACACGCUCAAAGAAGCAAAUUACUCCUCGCAGGAGGAAUAGCAGGAGCUGUUUCUAGAACCGCAACUGCGCCUCUGGACCGUCUGAAAGUUGCUUUGCAAGUUCAACGAACAAAUUUGGGUGUUGUCCCGACCAUUAAGAAAAUAUGGAGAGAAGAUAAGUUGUUAGGUUUCUUCAGAGGUAAUGGGUUAAAUGUAACGAAAGUCGCUCCUGAAAGCGCAAUAAAGUUUGCAGCUUAUGAAAUGCUGAAACCCAUUAUCGGGGGAGUGGAUGGUGACAUUGGUACAAGCGGGAGGCUUUUGGCUGGUGGAUUGGCUGGUGCAGUGGCUCAAACAGCUAUUUAUCCUAUGGAUCUUGUGAAGACUAGGUUACAGACUUUUGUGAGUGAAGUUGGGACACCAAAGCUGUGGAAACUCACAAAGGAUAUUUGGAUUCAAGAAGGACCCCGAGCUUUUUACAGGGGUCUUUGUCCUUCUCUUAUAGGGAUUAUCCCUUACGCAGGAAUUGACCUUGCUGCUUACGAAACUCUUAAAGACUUAUCAAGGUCACAUUUUCUUCAUGACACUGCCGAGCCCGGUCCUCUCAUACAACUGGGAUGUGGAAUGACGUCUGGAGCUCUUGGAGCAUCAUGUGUUUACCCAUUACAGGUCAUAAGAACAAGAAUGCAAGCUGAUAUCUCAAAAACUAGCAUGAUCCAAGAGUUUCUGAAAACGCUAAGAGGGGAAGGUCUAAAAGGUUUUUACAGAGGAAUCUUCCCCAACUUCUUCAAAGUCAUUCCUUCCGCAAGCAUUUCUAGUUGUUCAUAUCUCAACCUAAAAGUGGAGAAUCUCUUGAAGCUGUGUAAAACCCUUAAACAUCUGCAUCAGUUUCACGCCCAAUUCAUCACUUCCGGCAGAAUCUCCAGUGAUUUCAAACAGAACUCUGUUUUCGCCAAUGUCCUCUUCGCCAUCACCUCUAUUUCACCGGCUCCAACAAAGACAAAGACUUUAUCGGUCUCUACGUCGGCGUCGAAUGUGGUCGUGAGCUACGCGAAUUCGGUUUUCAGAUUUAUCACAAACCCAUCAACGUUUUGCUUCAAUACGAUCAUUAGGAUUUAUACGCUUCAUGAGCCGUUGUCUCUGUCUUCUCACCGUUUCUUCGUGGAGAUGCGACGUCGCUCUGUUCCUCCCGAUUUCCACACUUUCCCUUUCGUAUUCAAGGCUUGUGUAGCAAAGAAGAAUGGUGAUCUUUCAUUAGUCAAGACGCUGCAUUGUCAAGCUUUGAGAUUCGGAUUGUUAUCUGAUUUGUUCACUUUGAACACUCUGAUUCGGGUUUACACAUUGAUUGCCCCAAUCGAUAGUGCCUUGCAGCUGUUCGACGAAAAUCCUCAAAGAGAUGUUGUUACCUACAAUGUGUUGAUUGACGGGUUAGUGAAGGCACGUGAGAUUGUUCGUGCAAGAGAGUUGUUUGAUUCAAUGCCCUUUCGUGAUUUGGUUUCGUGGAAUAGUCUCAUUGCUGGUUAUGCACAGAUGAAUCAGUGCAGAGAAGCAAUCAGUCUCUUCGACGAAAUGAUUGGUUUGGGCUUAAAACCGGAUAACGUCGCCAUUGUUUCAACUCUUUCAGCUUGUGCACAAUCAGGGGAUUUGGAAAAAGGGAAAGCUAUUCAUGAUUACACGACAAGGGAAAGACUUUUCAUUGAUUCGUUCUUAGCUACUGGAUUAGUUGAUUUCUAUGCAAAAUGCGGUUUUAUCGAUACAGCGAUGGAGAUCUUUGACUUAUGUUCAGAUAAAACUUUAUUCACAUGGAAUGCAAUGAUCACUGGUCUUGCGAUGCACGGUAACGGCGAGCUAACAGUUGAAUAUUUCCGUAAGAUGGUUAGUUCUGGAAUCAAACCGGAUGGAGUAAGCUUCAUAAGUGUUUUAGUGGGUUGCAGCCAUUCUGGACUAGUUGAUGAAGCCAGAAAGCUUUUCGACCGGAUGAGAUCUUUGUAUGAUGUUGAUAGAGAGAUGAAACAUUACGGGUGUAUGGCGGAUUUGCUUGGAAGAGGAGGGUUGAUCGAAGAAGCAGCGGAAAUGAUCGAGCAAAUGCCUAAAGAUGGAGGAAAAAGAGAGAAACUAUUAGCCUGGAGCGGUUUGUUGGGCGGAUGUAGAAUCCACGGGAACAUAGAGAUCGCAGAGAAAGCUGCAAAGCGAGUCAAGGCGUUGAGUCCCGAGGAUGGAGGAGUGUAUAAAGUUAUGGUGGAAAUGUAUGCAAAUGCAGAGAGAUGGGAGGAUGUAGUUAAGGUUAGAGAAAUGAUAGAAAGAGACAAGAAAGUGAAGAAGAAUGCUGGAUUUACUUUCGUUUCGUUCCAGAAGCUUUGCUACUGUGACGAUCAAACGGUUCUUUAUGAAUCGUUCGAUGAGCCUUUUGAUGGUCGCUGGAUCGUUUCGAAGAAUAGUGAUUACGGAGGUGUAUGGAAGCAUGCAAAGAGUGAAGGACAUGAAGAUUAUGGACUUCUCGUGAGUGAGAAGGCUAGGAAGUAUGGAAUUGUGAAAGAGCUUGACGAGCCUCUAAACCUCAAGGAGGGAACUGUUGUUCUUCAGUACGAGGUUCGUUUCCAGGAAGGACUUGAGUGUGGUGGUGCUUACUUGAAGUACCUACGUCCUCAAGAAGCUGGAUGGACACCGCAGGGAUUCGAUAGUGAAUCCCCUUACUCUAUCAUGUUUGGGCCUGACAAGUGUGGAGCUACAAACAAAGUCCAUUUCAUCUUGAAGCACAAGAAUCCUAAGAGUGGCGAGUACGUUGAACACCAUCUGAAGUUCCCUCCCUCUGUUCCUUAUGACAAGCUUUCCCAUGUCUACACUGCCAUCUUGAAACCCGACAAUGAGGUUAGAAUUUUGGUUGAUGGAGAGGAGAAGAAAAAGGCCAAUUUACUCUCUGGUGAAGACUUUGAGCCUGCAUUGAUCCCUGCCAAGACCAUCCCUGACCCUGAAGACAAGAAACCAGAGGACUGGGACGAAAGAGCCAAGAUUCCCGAUCCAAAUGCCGUGAAGCCUGAGGACUGGGAUGAGGAUGCACCCAUGGAGAUCGAAGAUGAGGAAGCUGAGAAACCCGAAGGAUGGUUAGAUGAUGAGCCUGAGGAGGUCGAUGACCCCGAAGCGACCAAGCCUGAAGAUUGGGAUGAUGAGGAAGAUGGUAUGUGGGAGGCUCCUAAGAUUGACAACCCCAAGUGUGAAGCAGCACCAGGUUGUGGCGAAUGGAAGAGACCAAUGAAGAGGAAUCCUGCUUACAAGGGAAAAUGGAGUUCACCUCUUAUUGAUAACCCUGCUUACAAGGGAAUCUGGAAACCCAGAGAUAUUCCUAACCCUGACUACUUUGAGCUAGACAGACCCGAUUACGAACCGAUUGCAGCCAUCGGUAUUGAGAUUUGGACAAUGCAAGAUGGUAUCUUGUUUGACAACAUCUUGAUAGCAAAAGACGAGAAGGUCGCUGAGACUUACAGACAGACCACUUGGAAACCCAAAUUCGAUGUUGAGAAAGAGAAACAAAAGGCUGAAGAAGAAGCUGCUGGCUCUGCAGAUGGUCUCAAGAGCUACCAGAAGGUUGUAUUCGACCUCUUGAACAAGGUUGCAGAUUUAUCUUUCCUAAGUGCCUACAAGUCUAAGAUCACGGAACUGAUUGAGAAAGCUGAGCAACAACCAAACUUAACCAUUGGUGUCCUCGUCUCCAUUGUGGUUGUAUUCUUCUCGCUCUUCCUCAAGCUUAUCUUUGGUGGCAAAAAGGCGGCACCUGUGGAAAAGAAGAAACCAGAAGUAGCAGAGAGUUCAAAGAGUGGGGAUGAGGCGGAUAAGAAGGAAGAAACCGCGGCACCACGCAAAAGGCAACCGAGACGUGAUAAUUAGAACAAGUUUUUAAGUAGUUUUCGAAGAUGUGAAAGGAAAGUUGAGUCAGCUUUAUUUCUCUGUUUUUGGUUUUGGGUUGAAUGUUGUUUUCUGCUGUAGCCUAUAAUGGUGUAACACCAAGUUUGGGAAUUUUUUGUCUUUGGGCGAAGAAAAGAAAGGAGGAAGGAAUAU